UAUGGAGUACUUGUCAUUUACCAAGACCUGAUAAAGGAUUUGGGUUUACAGUCCCGAAUAAGCAACAUUCCCCGGUAUCUACAGCUUGCCAUCUGAAAGAUUUAAACUUCAAAACGAAGAGAAGUGACCGGUUGAAAGGCCCUCGCCGCGCGGGAGAGCCGAGCAUGCUCAGUAGCCGGCCGCUUCCUGAGCUCCCCGCGAGCUCGGGCUUGCCCUGGGCUCCGGGAAGCGCCGGGGCUGUGCCGCAGCAGGUCCUCGUUCCUGGAAAGCUGCUCUCUGCCCAGUAACGUGCGCCUUUAGGAUCGUCAGCUGCUGCCGCGCAGCCCCGGGCUUCCCGGGCUCCCCGGGCGGCGCUCCGCCUGGUCGGCGCGGGGCUCGUGCUCACACCCCCGGUGUGCACGCUUCAGCCGGUGCUUCUCGCAGCUGCUGGCUGAUGGAGCAGAUAUGACAGGCUUGUGGGUAAGCGUGAAGGGCGAGUGCGAGCCGCUGGUGUUCUGAGCCAGAGACAGGAGGUGUGUCACGAGAGAAAGGAGCCUGGGAAGAUUCUUGCAGCAGCUCCAGCCUCGGCUUCCUUCUUCACUUCAUGUCACUCCGGCGUUCCCGGCUCUUUGACUUGGGAAAGAUGGUUACAGUAGUAACGAAGCUGGUGUACUGCUUUCACUUCAGUCUGUUCUCCUUCACCUGGAAGCAGCUUCCAGAUUGGAUAAGUUUGUGCUCAUGGAGAAUGUGCACUCAUGGCCGCAAAUAUGGCCAGUACACUAUGAAUCAGGAAUUCACCAAUGUUCCCGAAAAGCCUCCGUUUGACCGAUCAAGUUCUCAGGAUUCUUUGGAUGAACUCUCUCUGGAAACCUAUUGGACGGAAAUAGAAAAUAUCAAGAAAUCUAGCGAGAACAGACAAGAUCAAGAGGUGGUGGUUGUCAAAGAGCCUGAUGAGGGAGAACUGGAAGAAGAGUGGCUUAAGGAGGCUGGUUUGUCCAAUCUCUUUGGCGAGUCUGCUGGAGAUCCCCAAGAAAGCAUGGUGUUUUUGUCAACAUUGACCCGGACCCAGGCAGCUGCUGUUCAGAAACGGGUAGAGACAGUCUCCCAGACCUUGAGGAAAAAAAACAAACAGUACCAGAUUCCUGACGUCAGAGACAUAUUUGCUCAACAGAGAGAGUCAAAAGAAAAAGCUCCAGAUGGCAACGACUCACAGUCAGUCAGAACAAAUGAAAACAAAUAUCAAGGAAAAGAUGACCAGGCAUCUAGCCUAGUUGUUGGUGAAAAAGAGCUGAUUCCACUGGUUCCUGAGGAGGCCCCUGCUUCUGAAACAGAUACCAACCUGGUGGUAUCGUUUGCAGAGCAAGCUGCCAAUCAGAAAGAGAGCUCCAAGGAGAAGGCCCAGGAGAGCAAAGACGGUGAUGCUGUUUGUUUGAAUCCGGAUCCAAAUAAGAAUUUCAGAUUGCCAAAAGACAAAACAGGCACCACCAGGAUUGGUGACCUAGCACCUCAGGACAUGAAGAAAGUCUGCAAUUUAGCCUUCAUUGAGCUGACUGCCCUCUAUGAUAUUUGGGGUAUUGAAUUGAAGCAACAAAAAGCUGUGAAAAUCAAAACAAAAGAUUCUGGCCUUUUUUGUAUUCCAUUGACAGUGUUGUUAGAACAAGAUCAGAGGAAAAUACCAGGAACUCGAAUACCCUUGAUAUUUCAAAAACUGAUUUCUCGAAUUGAAGAGGGAGGUUUGGAAACAGAAGGACUUUUAAGAAUACCUGGAGCUGCUAUUAGAAUCAAGAAUCUUUGCCAAGAACUGGAAGCAAAGUUUUAUGAAGGGACUUUUAAUUGGGAAAGCGUCAAACAGCACGAUGCGGCCAGCCUGCUGAAGCUGUUCAUCCGGGAGCUGCCCCAGCCGCUGCUCAGUGUGGAGUAUCUCAGAGCCUUUCAAGCCGUCCAGCAUCUUCCAACCAGGAAGCAACAACUCCAGGCUUUGAACCUUCUUGUCAUCCUCCUGCCUGAUGCAAACAGAGACAUGCUUAAGGCCCUGCUUGAAUUUCUCCAAAGAGUAAUAGACAAUAGAGAGAAAAAUAAGAUGACAACCAUGAAUGUAGCAAUGGUCAUGGCCCCGAAUCUCUUCAUGUGUCACACGUUGGGUUUGAAGUCCAGCGAACAGCAAGAAUUUGUAAUGGCAGCUGGGACAGCUAAUAUCAUGCACUUAAUGAUUAAGCAUCAACAACUUCUGUGGACAAUUCCCAAGUUUAUUGUCAACCAAGUGAGGAAGCAAAAUACUGAAAAUCAUAAAAAAGAUAAAAAAGCCAUGAAGAAAUUGCUGAAGAAAAUGGCUUAUGACCGAGAAAAAUACGAAAAGCAAGAUAAGAGUACAAGUGAUGCUGACGUUCCUCAGGGAGUGAUUCGAGUGCAAGCUCCCCAUCUUUCGAAAGUUUCCAUGGCAAUACAGCUAACUGAAGAACUAAAAGCCAGUGAUGUACUUGCCAGGUUUCUCAGCCAAGAAAGUGGGAUUGCCCAGACUCUUAAGAAAGGGGAAGUUUUUUUGUAUGAAAUUGGAGGAAAUAUUGGAGAACGCUGCCUUGAUGAUGACACUUACAUGAUGGAUUUGUAUCAGCUCAACCCCAACGCCGAGUGGGUCAUAAAGUCAAAGCCGUCAUAGGAGGCUGAAGCUGCAGAGAACCACGAGGACCUCCUGAGACUAUUGCUGGGGCAAGAGUGCAAAUAAAAGAAACGGCAGGACCCUUCUAUUGUUCCAAUGUACCCAACUAUUGAAUAGUGACCCUCUGAAGCCUUAAAAAGUUACAGAUUUAUGCUGCUGCCAGAAUUAUGUUUAUUAAUAAUACAAUGAGCAAACAAAUAUCUCUGGAGUGAGAGGAAAAAGGGUUAAUUAGCGUGGCGGCCAUUAUACUCUGUGAAAAGUGCCUGGAUGUGACCGUUUAUUUUAUGUGAAAACACACUCUUCCCUCUCACUUUUUUCUCCUAAAAUCAUAUACAUGGUAAUAUGUGCUUCCUCUCCUUUUUCUCCUCCUCAUGUCUGCCUUCCCCCGAACUAGGUUUGCUUUUUAACUGAAAAGAUCACAAAUACCAGGUAUUUGGCAAGUCGUGAAGACAAUGCAUCUUAAAGUAGACUGAAUCCAACAGUAUUCCUGUCACUAUUGAAAGUUAAUAUUCCUCCCUUUUAAUCAUUUGUUCAAACAAUAACAUUCCACUUCUUCCUGCUCUACCGCAUGAAAUGAUUUGCAUUGUUUUCAGUUCAUCUGACGUAUGUGCACAGAACCGUAUCCACUAUUAAGCAAAUACAACUGUCAGAAACUUCCAAUUAUUACUGAACUAUUAAAUACUUACAUACUAAGAAUAAAUAAAAUAUAUCCAUGUGGAAUAACUGGAUUAUGGAUAACAAGAGAGUGAAAGCCAAAUCACUUCAUGUAUGCUCUAUUCUCCUAAGUGAAAUUUAUGAAGUCUUAGCUGGCUUUACCUAUUGUCAUAUUAGUACAAAUAUGCAUGAUAAUAAAAUCCAGUAAUGGUUAAGAAUGUUAUUCUACUGAAAGAGGGAUUUUUUUUUUUUUUUAACUCCUAAAGAAGACUGCAGGAAGCAUUUUCUUUUUCUGGGUAUGACACAGUCAUAUGAACAAGUUUUUGUUUGUGUACUUUAAAUAAUCAGAGUAAAUUUAUUAAAAUGCUGUGGAAAGUACUAUUCCCAGGGAGUUUAAUGCACAAACCAUAUUGUGACAAGAGAUGAGUCUCUGAACUGUAAAUAAGAGAAACGAAGUGAGAAAUGUUCAAUAUUUUAUGAGUUUAGAGUGUAGUAAAUAAAAGGUGAUGUAAAUGAAUGUUGCACACACUGUGUUUAUGAUACUUUUAGUAGUAUUUUAGGGAAAAUUAUACACAUUCUCAGAAGCUCUUGAUGUCACUCCGGUUAGGAGGGAAAAUGCUGUUAAUGAGAACAGCCAUAAAUUUUUAGUGUGUAAUUAUAAGAGCAGCCUGUGGAUAUGAUUACUUAAAUAACAUUGUGGUGAUUUGUGCCAUUGCUUUUUUAUUUAAAAAAUUUUUAUAAUUAAAUGCAAUUUUCUAAAUUAUCUUCUCUUGGAAUUAUUACUUUUAAUCCUAUAUGUUUAUGAAUGUACUAUAUUUUUGCUUGUAUUUGUGUUUUUGUUAAAAGCCACUUCUUUUAUUGUUCCUGUUGCUCCUGUGUAAUACUUAAAUUGGGAAGCCGUGUGGAAGAUAAAAAACUGUUUCCAUCCUUAGUGUUUUCCUUAUGCAAACUUUUGUUCUUUAGGAUUUUUUAAAAACAUGUUGUAUUCUGUUUCUGAUUUUGACAAUAUAUAUUAAUUUCCCAAAAUGUUUUAUUAAUAGCUUAAGUUAAUGAAAGCAAUUAAUGAUAUAAACUCAAUUAAAUGCUUAAUAAAUUUUAGGGGUGCACAAUUUAAAAAAAAAGACAGGAGUGAAUAUAAUGAUUUAGAUAGAUGGCUUGCUAAAGCAUAUGUCAACUAGCUUUUUACCACAUUUACUAGUCCCCUGCUAUGUGUGUUGGUGGGGGGAGCACAAGAGGCUUUUGAUAAAAGAAUUCCAGAUCUUGGUAAAUAAAUACAAAGAUGCAACUGCAUUUCGAGUCCUUAGAACUCAUGACCCAUAUUCCUUGAUAUUGAAUAAUAUUGCUUUUAUAUAAUCAAGAAAGAUGUCUCUCUACACUUCUAAAGAGGAGAAACUUAGUGUAGAGCCUCAAAUAUAAAUGGCCUGGAAUUAACCCAUAUGUUUUUGCUAUAAUUUUUUUUUCUUAGUGAACUUUAAAUCUUGUGGUAGAUUAGUUUUUGCUUGUUUGUGAGGGACAAUAAAAACAACAAACAUA